UUUUGUGGGUGGAUAUUUCGGUGUUUGGUAUUACGACGCGCUCCCACGAUGAAAAUAUUUUUUGAUCUUAUUUUUUUAAAUAUUUUAUUAAAUUUUAUUUAUUUUUUAGAAAUGUCAAGAAGACGCACAGCUUUAUUUUUAAUUUUAUUUUUAUAUACUGCUCAACUAAUUUUUGUUUUUGGAGAAGUUGUAACGCUAGCAGUUGGUGCUGGGGCAGUGAGUGCUCUUGGAAUGUUUAUUGGAGAUUUUGCUGGAAUUUAUUCUUUUGCUAAAUGCAAAUUUUUUGAAUGUUGCAAUUCUCCAUGGAUUAAUAAAGAUGUUGCUCGAAGAUUGCAAGAAGAAGUUGAAGAAAGGCUUUAUGGUCAACACAUUGCGCAAAAAAUUGUAAUUAAUGCUGUUCGUGCACAUAUUUCUAAACAAAACCCAAACAAAGCAUUAGUUUUAUCAUUUCAUGGUUGGACAGGUUCAGGAAAAAAUUAUUUGACACAAAUGAUUGCAAAAGCUGUUUAUAAAAAAGGAUUUAAAAGUCAAUUUGUACAUUUUUCUGUGGCAACUUUACAUUUUCCGUAUCCUGAAGAAAUUAAUAAUUACAAGAGGCAAUUGAGAAGUUGGAUUUCCGGAAAUUUAACACAAUGUGAACGGUCGCUAUUCAUAUUUGACGAAGCAGAUAAAUUGCCUUUACAGUUACUUGAUGCUAUUGUCCCUUUUGUUGAUUUUUAUGAUAAUGUUAAUGGUAUUGAUGCAAGAAAAAGUAUUUUUAUAUUUUUGAGUAAUGGAGGUUCCAAUUUAAUUGCUCAACAUGCAUUAGAAUAUUACAAAAGAGGACUACCUAGAGAACAAAUGACGUUUAAGGAAUUGGAAGAAUUAAUGCAAUUAAGUGCUUAUAAUGAAGGUUUCUUAUGA